AAUGUUCCUCGAGUUCAUGGUGUACUGGUUUCUUCUCCUUCGGAGAUCAUCAUCUGUAGCAUCACAACAAGAAGAAGUUGUUGAUUUCACCUAAAAUGGAUUUCGAGGAAUUAAUAUGAGCUUGGACGGCUUAGCCCAGAUUACAAACAAUGGCAUCCUCAUGUUGGCAAACACCACUAAUCAACAGGUGGGUCAUGCUUUCUACCCUCAUCCCCUUCACUUCAGAAAUUCAUCUACCGGUGAUGCUUUAUCCUUCUCUACUACUUUUGUAUUUGCCUUAUGGAAAUCAACAAGAUUUGGUGGCCCUGCAAUGGCGUUCGUGAUUUCACCCUCAAAAGAAUUCCCAGGUGCUUUGCCAGGCAAUUAUGUUGGUCUCUUCAACACCACCAACAUCGGCAAUUCAUCCAACCAUCUCAUCGCAAUCGAGCUGGAUUGCCUCAAAAACACAGAGUUCAAUGACAUUGAUGGAAACCAUGUUGGUAUCGAUAUCAAUGACUUGAAAUCUCUUCAAUCUGCACCUGCAUCUUACUUUAGUGAUAAAGAGAACGGGUAUGUGAACCUAACCCUCACGAGUGGACAGCCCUUGCAACUCUGGGUGGAUUAUUCUGGUGCAGAGAAGCAACUCAAUGUGACUUUAGCUCCUAUUAACAUCCCUAGACCAACAAUCCCACUUUUCUCCUUGAAAAUUGAUCUUUCUCAGAUCAUUUUGGAUCCCAUGUAUGUGGGCUUCUCCUCAGCUACAUACGCCUUGCCAGUAUCCCAUUAUGUUUUGGGAUGGAGUUUUAAAUUGAAUGGUGGAGAAGCAAGAGAAAUCAAUCUCUCCCAACUUCCUAAGCUUCCUCAUCAAAAAGGACAUAAAACGAGAUCUAGGCUUAUUAUUGUUGCAUUUUCUGUGAUUGGUGCUACUUUAGUGUUUGUCUCCAUCUUCUUCCUCAUCCUAUUUAUAGUGAAAAGGAAGAACAAGUUUGCCGAAGUGCUCGAAGAUUGGGAACUCGAUUAUGAACCUCACAGGUUCAAAUAUAAAGAUCUAUACAUCGCCACCAAAGGGUUCAAGGACAAGGAGCUUCUUGGAACUGGUGGAUUUGGUAGAGUCUACAAAGGUGUAUUGCCCACAACCAAGACAGAGGUUGCAGUGAAGCGAGUCUCCCACACAUCAAAACAAGGGGAGAGAGAAUUCAUUGCUGAGAUCGUCAGCAUCGGUAAAUUGAGGCAUCGGAGCAUAGUGACACUGUUGGGCUAUUGCCGUCGCAAGGGAGAGCUCCUACUAGUCUACGAUUUCAUGCCCAAUGGGAGUCUUGACAAAUUCAUUUUUGAUCAAACAACAACAAAGACACUGAGUUGGUGUCAAAGAUUUCGAAUCAUCAAAAACGUUGCAGCGGCGUUGUUUUAUUUGCACGAAGAAUGGGAACAAGUUGUGGUUCAUAGAGAUGUAAAGUCCAGUAAUGUCUUAUUAGACAAGGAUCUCAACGGAAGAUUAGGAGACUUUGGACUUGCAAGAUUAUAUGAUCAUGGAACUGACCCUCAAACAACCCAUGUAGUAGGAACACUUGGUUAUCUUGCACCUGAAUUUUGUAGAACUGGGAAAACAAAUCCAAGUGUGGAUGUGUUUGCAUUUGGGGCUUUUUUGCUUGAAGUUGCUUGUGGUAGGAAACCCAUAGAAACAGAAGCAUCUGAAGAGUGUAUAGUGCUGGUGGAUUGGGUGAUCUCGUGUUGGAGUAAGGGCACCAUUCUUGAAGCUGUUGAUCCCAAAUUGAGGAUGAAUUAUGAAGUGGAAGAAAUGGAGUUGGUGUUAAAACUUGGAUUGCUUUGCUCUCACCCCAUUCCAACUGAAAGGCCACAUAUGAGACAAGUCCUGCGCUAUUUGGAUGGGGAGGUUUCUCUGCCAGAGCUGACGCCGAUUGGUCUAAGAACAGCCAUUGAUGGCACAUCUUUUGGUCUUUCAAAAGGUUUUUCUGAUGUCUCUGGUUGGAGUUAUCUUAGGAGCGGUUAUCAUCGGUUGCAGAAUCUGUCUCUCUAA